ACGAGGCGGUAUCCAUCGAGCACAAGCUCAUCAUGACCUCCACGCAAAAGAGCGGCUGGGCACUCAAGUCGCACCGCGGCAAGUCGUUCUGCAAGCGCCAGGAGAAGCGCUUCUUCGUGGUCGAGGGCAACUUCGUCUCCUACUACAAGAACGGCAACAAGUCCAACCGCACGGGCAAGUUCGACAUGCGCACCAUCGUCAGCCUCUCCUGCCCCGAGUCCGGCGAGCACGUCGGCUGCCACGUCCUCAUCAAGCUGCAGAGCAAGACGAUCGCCGUCAAGUUCGAGGACGACCAAGAGGGGUGGAUGGCCUGCUUCUGCUCCGCCGUCGCCCUCGAAUGCAUCAAGCAUCUCCGCCACCUCCUCCCUCGGCACCACCGCCACACCCCGCCCCGCCGAGCCGGAGCCUCCGGAGCCGGUGUCCACCUCGUACCGCGACGAGCCGUCGCCAACGCCCGCGCCGUCGCCCGCGCCCGCGCCCGCGCCCGCGCCCGCGCCGGAGCCGGAGCCGGCGCCCGCGCCGGCGUCCUACGAGUCCAAGCCCGAGGAUCCGCCGGCGCCGGUGUCGACCUCCGCUUCGACCGUCUACGAGGCGGAGAAGAAGAGCGGCAUCUUCGGCACACUCGGCAAGGGCAUCACGUCGCUUGCUCACGCCGUCGUCCCGACGCCCAAGAAGGACUCGGUCCGCGAAGAGAAGAAGGAGUCCCGCCGCGAGGAGGAGGAGCCAGUGGCGCCGCCGGCGGACGAGGUGCCGGAGGGAAGCCCGGAGGAGAACCGCAAAGUGUGGUUUGAGUAUGCGGUGGCGACGGGCGACUACACCCUCGCAAACGAGCUCUGGGUCACACCCGAGGAGAAGGCGAUCUGCGACGGCCUCAAGACGCCCGCGCCGGCCGGCGAGGUUGACGUCGAGGAGGCUCGCUGCGCGUGGCUCGACUACCACAUCGCCGAGGGCGAGUUCGGCAAGGCGGAGGAGAUGUGCGUCGGCCCCGAGGACUUCGCAAAGGUGAGCGCCGCGCAGGACGCCGCGCGCACGGAGUGGCGCGACUACGAGAUGUCUUGCGGCAACUACAAGACGGCGAUGAGCUACUCGGUCACCGACGAGGAGAUCGCAGAGUGCGAGCAGGCGAGAGACGCGAUGUUUAAGAAGGAGUGCGAGACGGGGAGCUACAAGAAGGCGCUCAAGCAGGCGAAGACGCCGGAGCAGGUGGCGGAGGUGGAGAAGUACCAGGAGGCGGGGCGCGUGGCGUGGAUGGAGUACCACGCCGCGUGCGGCGACACCAGCGCCGCCCUCAAGUACGCCGUCACGGACGAGGAGGAGGAGAAGUGCAAGCAGGCUGGCAUCGACAAGUGCGAGUCGAACCGCAAGGAGUGGCUCGCGUUCUACACCGAGAAGGGCGACUACAGGAAGGCGGAGGAGUGCUGCGUCGAGCCGGCAGAGUACGAGGCCGUCGCCGCAAAGAAGGAGGAGGACCGCAAGGCGUGGCUCAAGUACGCGAUCGAGACUGCCGACUACAAGAGCGCCGAGCAGUACGCCGUCGACGAGGCCGAGGCGGCGGAGGUGGCCGCGUCCAAGGCUGCGUACCCCGAGGUGUGCCGCAGCCAGUGGCGCGUCUACUACCUCGAGACGAAGCAGUACAAGAAGGCAAAGGACUGCUCCGUCACCCCGGAAGAAGUCGCGGAGUGCGAGGCCGCCGAGGCGCGGGGCGAGGGCGGUGUCCGCGCGGCGCAGACCGGACACGCUGGGUCCGAGGAGCAGUCGCGGACGGAGUGGAAGGCCUAUUACGUCGAGACGACCCAGUACGAGAGGGCCAUCGGCAUGUGCAUCACGCCGGAGGAGGAGGCGGAGGUGGACGCCUCGUUCGAGGCGGUGCGGCAGGCGCACGUGGCGGAGCUGAAGAAGAAAGGCAAGUACCACGAGGCGAAGAAGUACGCGCUGUCGGACGAGGAGGUCAAGGCGUGCGACGAGGAGGAAGACGCCAACCAGGAGGUGUGCCGCGUCGAGUGGUACAAGUACCACCUCGAGUGCGGCAAGUACAAGGAGGCGAAGGCCCUCGCGGUCACGCCCGAGGAGGACGCCGAGUGCGAUAAGGCCGAGUCCGAGCAGCUCGAGACGAACCGCACCGCGUGGCUCGGGUACUACCAGGCGGCUCGCUUUGCGGAUCUCGGCGGGAUCUCGGCGGGAUCUCGGCGGGAUCUCGGCGGGGUCUCGGCUCACCUGCUCGGCUCUCGGACGCUACAGGAGAUCGGCGACUACACGAGCGCGAAGGCCCUGUGCUGCUCCAAGGAGGAGGACGAGGAGUGCAGCAAAAUCUUCGAUCAGUACCGCAGCGAGUGGUUGCGCUACGCCAUGGACAACAAGGACUACGCGCUGGCCAAGAAGUACUCCGUCACCCCCGAGGAGCUCGCGGCGUGCGAGGCGCUCAAGUGAGCGCACGGCAGGCGCUCUGCCCUGGGCUCUCUCGAGCAUGGAAGGGCGCCGGCAGCCCCUUCCCCGCCCGCCUCGCGUCGCUGCGGCGAGCGUGCGAGGGGACUGAUGUUGGGACUGACGAGACGCUGACGGGCGUGUGCGGGCGUUGGUAUCUAUUCUGCGCUGCGCGGCGGCGAAGCCGAUAGCCUGGGUGAUGCUCCGAUAAACCC